AUGGCUUUCUCAAUAGAACGCGAUAACCUCGUCUUCAAAGCCAAGCUUGCUGAACAAUGCCAGCGCUACGAUGACAUGGUGGAUGCAAUUAAGAACGUCGGGAAGCUAGGUUUAGAAUUAACUAUUGUGGAGAGGACUUUGCUAGCCUCUGGCUACAAGUAUCUGGUUGGAUCUCGAAAGGCUUCCUUGCGUAUUCUUUCAUUGAAGGAACAGAAGGAGGAAGCAAAAGGCAACGAGCUCAGCAUCAUACGGAUCAAGGAAUACAAGCACAAAGUAGAAUCAGAACUCUUGAACAUUUGCAGUGAUCUUAUAACGUUCAUCGAUGAUUAUAUGAUCCAUUCCUCUACCGCUGGCGAAUCAUUUGUGUUCUUCAAUAAGAUGAAAGGUGAUUAUUACCGCCAUUUGAUUGAUUUUAAGAUUGGGAAGCAGGAUAUGAAUGAGGCGAUUGCUAAGUCGCUCCAUGCAUUUCAGUCUGCUACCACAGCAGCAGAGUCUGAUCUAUCUCCUAUUAAUCCUAUACGAUUGAGGCUGGCCUUGAGUUUCUCUGUUUUCUGUUUUAGCGUCAUGAAAUCUCCCGAAAGAGCAUACUUCCUGGCAAAGAAAGCGUAUGAUGAUGCUAUUUUGGAGGUGGAUACGCUGUCUGAGGAAUCUUACAAAAAUAGUAGAUUAAUCAUGAAACUCUUGAGAAAUAAUCUUAAGAUAUGGACCCCUGAAGUCAAAGAGGAUGGAGAAGAAGAGCACAAAAGGCUACUGACAACUCUAAACCAGAUGGAGAUAAAUAAAAGUUAAUUUUCUU